AUGGCCGCGCCCUCUCCCCCGCGCUCGGCUCCGCCACCUAACUUCGCCCGCGGACAGCCGCACCCGGCCAACCCCGCGGCGCUCGCGCCCUCACCGCCCCGCCGCUUGCCGCGCGCGCCCCGCACGCUGCUUGCUCGCGCGCGCCCACGUUCGGCCACCGCACGGAUCGCCGCGCCCGCGCGUGACCACGCCCCUCUGCUCCUGCCACGCGCGCGCCGUCGCCACUCGUCGCGUGCCGCGUCGCCCGCUCCGCCCUCCAACUGCUCGCGCUCCGGCCGCCACCCGUGCUCACCGCCGCAUGGCCGCGCUCACGCGCCCCCCUGGCCGCACACGCCCCGCACCACCGUCAACCGCCUGGCCCCGCGCCCGCUCGCCCCUGCUUCUGCUACUCUGCUACUGCUGCCGCUGCGUUUCCCUGGCGCCUGCGUCGCCCUGGCUUCCACCGGGCCACUUCCCCGCGGCCAUCCGCCGCGCUUCACCCACUUCUGCCGCUCGCCGCCGCCCAGCCUCACCUGCUCCGGCCGCCGUAGCUCCUCUCGCCUGCGCCCGCCAGCGCCCUGUCGUGGCCGCGGCCAUCGCUCGACUCCGCCCCGACGGGCGCCCCCGCCAGCGCCCAGACGGGCUGGCGCCCGUGGCCCGUUAGCCGUCGCCCGCUAA